GCUACAGAGUACAGACGAACAAAACCAAAAUAGAGAAACGAAAACACAAGUUUCUACGCUUCCCACAUAAGCUUAGCUGUUUACAUGUUAUAUACAGUAGUAUUCUUUUAUUACGAUUUUUAAUGGGACACUUGUUUGGGAAAAUUGUUUUACGGUAUGGGCAAGGAAAAGAAUUCGAAGGAAGGUAAUCCACCGAAAAUCAAGGAUAAAUCAAUCGUUCAGAAGAAGAAAAAGUUGAAAACUACGGCUACGUUAUUGAAUAAUAACGGAUCUAAUUCGGAUGGCCUUAGAAGUCUCAUCUCUUCAGAAAGGCCAUCACCCUCCAAACAGCAGAAAUGUGUAACUUCUUCUCAACACAAAUCAAGAUCUCCUAAGUUCCACCACAAUAGUGAACCACAGAAAACUCCUGAAAAUCUAAAUGAGAAGCCUUCUACUUCCAGCACCGGCGAAGAUGUAAUGGAUUGGGAACCUAUAACAGAGAAAGAAGUAAUUGAUACUCUCCAUGAAAUUCGAAGGGAUUUUACUACUAGAACCACUUUUCAUCCUAUUGCCAGCCCAUCUGAAAAAUUCUCGUCAAUUACUAGUGCUAGUGCUGCUCUUCAUGUUGUUAUUGAUACAAAUAUUUUCCUGUUACAUUUGCCUAUUGUGCAAAUGUUGGUAGAAAAGGAAGAGUUUUGUUCAAAAGUUCAGAUCUUGGUGCCAUGGAUGGUUUUGCAAGAACUAGAUUUCAUGAAAACCAACAGAGAGAAUAAAGUGAAACUGGAAAUUAUGGCCAGGAAAGCCGGAACAUUCAUCUUUGAGCAAAUCAGCAAAAAGAAUGCUUUCUUUAGAACUCAAACUCUCGAAGAGUUCAAAAGUUGCAUAAAUCUACUGCCAGAUGAGAAUGCUGAUGACAAAAUCCUUCAAUGGUGUUUGUACCUUAAAAAAGAAAUUGGGUCAGAUAUCACUCUUUUGUCAAAUGACAUACUAUUUUGUGCCAAAGCAUCUGCCAAUGGAAUUCAACCAUUCCAAUCAGAUAAUUUUAUCCAACAGCUACCUCUACACAUUGUUCAGAAACCACCUUGUGUGUCACCCCUAAUCCCAAAUAAUUGUGUGAGUGUGACAGAUUUAAAGCCUAUUCCUGAAGUCUCUUCAAGCCAAACACCUUCGACACCAAACCAUCAGGCUUAUCAGGAGUGUUUCAAAGAAAAGGAAUUGAUCUGUGCCACCACAUUUUUGCAGCAGUUUGAAAAAUCUAUUGUUGAUUCUUUUAGUCAGAUAAUUGAGUUUGAGAUGAAACACGUCUACGAAGACAUUUGGCUCCAGGUUAUUAUUGUGAAACCUCCAUGGAAACUUGCAGAUAUUUUUCGCUGCGUGGAAAAACAUUGGAUAGCUGUUUUUGGAUACGUCUAUCCUAGAGACAUGCGCGAGAAAAUGGAACAUCUCUCUAACUUGUGGAAACGGUUCAGAGCACAAAAUGUUUUAGAGAAGAAGGACCGUGAAACUAUUGCACAAUCGGGCAUUUGUAUAUUGCAAUUGAUCCAAAGAACAAGAAAGCAGUUUUACUAUUCUCUGGAGAAGGCUAUUGAAGGAAUUAAGAAUUUAUCAAAUCACAACGCAGACCUUGACGAUGUUUUCAUUUUGGAUCUGUUUACUCGCCUGUGGGAUCGAUUCAACUUUAUUUGCGGAACUUUGGCUGAUGCGGUUGGCCUACCUCAUCAUGGUCUGCAAUAUAUACCCGGCGCAUGUACCCCUUCACUCCAAGAAGCAACAAAUGGAUUUCGGAUGUUAAUGCCCUUACUAUGUAGUAUGGAGAGCGCCAUGUUAAGGUUUUUCCAAAAUAGCAACGGUUCUUCUGUCGCAAAAGAAAACAGUUCGCUAGAGAUAUCAAAUUGCCUUAUUUUAUCCACGAGUGAGCUAGGAUUAGAACUAAAGAAAACAACUACGCCAACUUACUUGAGUCGCGCCUUGACGCGUUUUGCAUCAAAUGCACAGCACAGGGAGAAGAUGGAAAUAGGAUUGGAUCAACUACGAGUUUAUAUUCAAGUUUUGCAUUCCAUUUCUUUCAAAUUUCAAUAAGCGCCUUAAAUUUAUAUAGAAAAUUCAAGUCAAUAUUCUUGUACAUUUCUCUUUUAUGUUUAUUCUCAAUCCAGCGAGCAGAUUACACGAAGUCAAAAUCUGA